CUGGAAGUGGUGGCGGAUGUCACCAACGAUGACGACUGUCACCGAUUAGUGACCGACACUAUCAAGACGUUCAAAAAGUUGGACAUUUUAGUCAACAACGCGGGUAGAGGUAUAGUGUUGAGCAUAGGGAACGGGGAUAUCCUCGAUAAGUAUGAGCUCAUUAUGAACACAAACCUCCGGUCAGUCGUAUGGUUGACUCACUUAUGUGUCGAGCAUUUGGAGAAAACUAAGGGUAAUAUCGUUAACGUUUCGAGCGCGGCGCUGGAUAUGUUCACAAAGUGCGUAGCGCUCGAGUUGGGCCCCAAAGGCAUACGGGCUAACGUUAUCAAUUCCGGUCUCGUUAAGACCGAGGCCCUCGGAAUCAGUCUUAACCUGACUAAAGAAAAAUGCGAUCAAUUAUAUGUAAAGAAGGCCGAGAAGUGUCCGAUAGGACGGGUGGGUGAGCCCCUGGAUGUGACAAAAGCCGUGUUUUAUUUGGCGUCCGAUGACGCGUCGUUUGUGACCGGAUCCAACUUUGUGGUCGAUGGCGGCGCCCAAUAUGUCUAACCCUCAUAUUUAUCCUAUUAUGUUAUGUCUUAUUUAUAGGCAUUAUGACCUAGAAAGAAUUUCUCGUUAAUGAAAGUUGACCAUGCUUGUUUAAUUUAUUUGUAUAUAAACAUAAUUAUGCCAUUAAUAAAUCUGCAUGGUCAAAAUGUGCGAUUUUGGGCGAGAAGU